AUGGGAAGCAAACGUCUCGGUGAAGACGACGGAAAUCCGCAGGUCGACGAACGGAGUUUCUUGAAGCACAUACACGAUAACGUCCACGGCAACAUUUAUCUCGAUCCUCUCUCUUUGAAGUUUGUCGACACAGAGCAGUUUCAGAGGCUUCGUGAUUUGAAGCAGCUAGGAUUGUCUUACAUGGUCUACCCUGGAGCAGUGCACUCACGGUUCGAGCAUUCACUUGGGGUGUAUUGUCUAGCUAGUGAAGCUAUCAACAGACUGAAACGCUAUCAAGGUUUGGAGCUUAAUAUUGAACCUUUCGACAUACAAACUGUGAAAUUAGCUGGUUUACUGCAUGAUGUUGGUCAUGGUCCAUUCAGCCACAUGUUUGAGCGUGAAUUUCUUCCGAGGGUUCUCCAUGACCAGAAAUGGUCUCAUGAAGAAAUGUCUCUGCAGAUGAUAGACUAUGUUGUAGAUGAACAUAACAUUGAUAUUGAUCCCGAAUGUCUUAAGAAAGUGAAGGAAUUGAUAAUUGCUUCUGAGAAUGCUACUUCAAAAAGCUCCAAAGAAAAGCUUUUCUUGUAUGACAUUGUUGCUAAUGGGCGCAAUGGAAUUGAUGUUGACAAAUUUGAUUACAUUGUCCGUGACUCCAGAGCUUGUGGUCUCGGGUGCAAUUUUCAAUUUAAGAGGGUGUUAGAGACUAUGAGAGUAAUAGAUGAUGAGAUAUGUUAUCGGGCUAAGGAGUAUCUGACCAUCCAUAAGCUAUUUGUUACUCGAGCGGAUUUGCAUCGCACAGUCUAUACGCAUGCAAAAGUGAAGGCAAUAGAACUCAUGUUUGUGGAUGCCAUGAUAAAAGCUAAUGAUACUCUUCAAAUUUCGGCCUACAUCGACGAUCCAGCUCAGUACUGGAAGUUAGAUGACACGAUACUGAAAGCAAUUGAAACUUCUUCUGGCCAAGAUUUGAAGGAAUCCAGGGAUCUGGUCCUCCGCAUACGCAGAAGGGAUCUUUACCAGUUUUGCAACGAGUUUGCAGUUCCAAAGGAACAGCUGGAGUACUUCAAAAAUGUUACAGCUCAUGACAUUGUUUGUUCACAGAGUUCUAAUCAUCCCACACUGCAUGUGGAAGAUAUUGCCGUAAGCAAUGUGAAAAUCGAUCUGACUCGUGGGAGGAAUAAUCCACUUGAAAGUGAGAAGUUUACAAUAAAAGAUGAGCUGGUCAGUCACUUGCUUCCUUCUUCAUACCAAGACUUGAUAGUGAGAGUUUACUCCAAGAAGCCACACCUAGUGGAAGCUGUAUCCGAGGCCUUUGAGAAUUUCCAGCUGAAGACCUAUGGGAUGAAAACUCAAGUUCAUGCAACGCCUGAGAAGAAAAAGCACAAGCAGUUGAGGUACAAUUUGGCAGGUGUUUAG